AUGUCAGAUUCCAACACAACUAACUUCAUCAACCCCUCCACCUUCAUCCUUCUGGGCAUUCCUGGCCUGGAGGCGGCCUAUGUCUGGAUCUCCAUCCCCUUCUGUGCAAUGUACAUCAUAGCCGUCUUGGGGAACUUCACCAUCCUGUUCACUGUGAAGAGAGAGCCAAGCCUCCACGAGCCAAUGUACUAUUUCCUCUGCAUGCUGGCCAUCACCGACCUGGUCCUGUGCACAUCCAUCCUGCCCAAAAUGCUGAGCAUCUUCUGGUUCAAUUCCAGGGAGAUCGAUUUUAGUGCCUGCCUCACCCAGAUGUACUUCAUUCACUGCUUCUCAGUGAUGGGGUCUGGGAUCCUCGUGGCCAUGGCUUUGGAUCGGUAUGUGGCCAUCUGUGAUCCCCUCAGACAUUCCACCAUCCUGACAAACCCGGUGGUGGCCAAGAUCGGCCUGGCUGUGGUGCUGCGCGGUGGCAUGCUCGUACUGCCCCAUCUAUUCCUGGCGAGGCAGUGGCCAUAUUGUAGAACCAACAUCAUCCCCCACUCAUACUGUGAGCACAUCGCCGUGGUGAAACUGUCCUGUGCCGACAUCCGUGUCAGUAGUUACUACAGCCUCUCUGUGGCAUUCUUGGUGACUGGUCUGGAUGUGUUUUUUAUCACCGUGUCCUACACCCAGAUCCUCAGGGCCAUCUUCAGCCUCCCCACAAAGGAUGCCCGGCUCAAGACUUUUCAGACCUGUGUCUCCCACCUCUGUGUCAUUUUAGUGUCUUACAUCCCACCUCUGUUCUCCUUCCUCACGCACCGAUAUGGCCACAAUGUGCCCCAACAUUUACAUAUUCUUAUUGCCAACAUGUAUCUUUUGGGGCCCCCCAUGCUGAACCCCGUCAUCUAUGGGGUGAGUACCAAACAGAUCCGGGAGAGGCUGCUCCGGCUCUUUACUCAUAAAAGAACCUAA